AAAAUCGGCUCGUGUUUCUCGUCGCUCACACAAAACGCUGCGAUAAUGUAAAAAAAAAGUGAUUAAAACGCGUACAUUUUCGGUUUUGCGAUUAUACAAGUAUUUAACUGCGCCAUUCGUAGUUGAAGUGAUAGUUGAAGCCGGACGUUAUUCAAUCACCUCAUUCCUUCUUCCUUUUUUUUUUGGAUACAGUUGCGGAAAUGACGGAAGCGUUAUUCCAGAAAAUUUGCGAUAGAUUUAAUCAAUAUUUCCGUGAAUGAUACCGAUACACUCGUUUCGCGAAACUCAAUAUUACGUUGUUGCGUUGCUUUCUCCAAAGUUGCUCUACAUUACACGUGUGUGUACACGUGUACAGAAUAUUACUUAGCGCACAGUAAUUCGCACGGAGUUACAUACCACAUUCACAUUCAAGGCAAUAUUGAAAAAUACCACGUGAUAAUUCAACGAUAGUGAGGAAAACUGAGGCAAUGUAGUGUGAUUGGCACUGUGAAACGAAACCGUGUCUUAUCAACAUUAAACACAAUAACAAGAUAGCAAUAAAGAAGAAAUAUUCAACUAAAAAAACUCAACAGAAUCAUAACGUGGAACUAAUAACAAUAGAAAAUGUCAAUCAUUUCGUUCGUAAACUAUUGCAUUAUCAUGCUAUUGAUAAUCAAAAAUGAAGCCUUCGCAAAUCCCAUGUUACGGAAGGAUGAAGAAUUCACCAUUAGAAUCGUUCACACAAAUGACAUGCACGCGAGAUUCGAAGAGACCUCGCAAUUGUCGACGGCGUGUACACCAGCAGACUCCAAAGCUGGGAAAUGUUACGGAGGUUUCGCCAGAAUCGCCACUUUGGUCCGUCAAGCGAAAUCGGAAUCACCUUCGACGAUCUUCCUGAAUGCCGGUGAUACUUAUCAAGGAACCGCAUGGUACAACGUGUACAAGUGGGAGGCGGUUGCUUGGUUCAUGAAUCUCUUGAAGCCAGAUGCUAUAAGCUUGGGCAACCACGAGUUCGAUGACGGUGUAAUAAAUUUAAUACCUUUUAUACAAAAUGCCUCAUAUCCUAUCUUGACAACAAAUCUGGACCUCAGCGAGCAACCGGACCUGGCCGCCACAAAUUUGAAAAACAGCACAAUUCUCUUAGUGAACGGCAAAAAAAUCGGUGUGAUCGGUUAUCUAACGCCCGACACGAAGAUUUUGUCAAGUACAGAAAAAGUAAUUUUCAAAGAUGAAGUGGAGUGUAUUCGAGAAGAAGUUAAGAAGUUAAAGGAACAAGGUGUCGACAUUCUCAUCGCUCUAGGUCACUCGGGAUUUGAAACCGACAAGAAGAUUGCUCGGGAGGUCGAGGAUAUUGAUUUAGUAAUUGGAGGACAUACGAAUACCUUUCUGUAUCGCGGGAAAUCGCCAGACGUCGAGGUACCAGAAGGCUUUUAUCCCACAGAAGUGGUGCAGAAAAGCGGCAGAAAAGUCUAUGUCGUACAGGCAUACGCUUAUACUAAAUAUUUAGGAAAUUUCUCCGUAAGUUUCGAUAUUAAAGGAGAGGUAACACAUAUAGAAGGAAACCCGAUUCUCGUGGAUGCUAAUGUGGAACAGGCGGAAGAUGUACUGAGAGUGAUAAACGAGAAAAGAGGACGCAUCGACAAGUUACAACAGCAAGUGAUUGGAAGUACGCGAGUACUCCUGGAUGGAGACAGCAAGAAUUGUAGGCGGCAAGAAUGCAAUAUGGGAAAUUUGAUUUGCGACGCUAUAAUCGAUUACUACGCUAGAGAAUACGUUGAUAAAAAAGGAUGGACAGAUACCGCUAUUGCGGUGCAGAAUAGUGGCAGCAUCAGAUCAUCCAUCACCAGAGAUAGAAAUGAUCAGGUCACUCGAGGAGAUAUCAUAAGUGUCUUGCCCUUCGGAAAUGUCAUUAUCAAAGCUUCCAUGACAGGAGAACAGAUUCUUUCAAUGCUGGAGUGGAGCGUUCAUAAUAUCGAUAAUAUAACUUCUACUGGGAAUUUAUUCGGUGCUUAUCUGCAAUUUUCGGGAUUGCAGGUGGUUUACGAUGUGAGUCAACCACGGAAUUCAAGGGUAGUUUCGGUCCAUGUUCAAUGCGCAGCUUGCCGAAUACCAACGUACAGUGAGCUUCAAAAGAAUACCACUUACAACGUCUUCAUAAACAAUUUCCUUGAAAAAGGCGGAGAUGGUUUCCACAUGCUACAAGGUCUUCAAACAACCUCCCUCGGUGUUACUACGGAGCAGGUAUUAGAACAGUAUUUUCAAAAACAUAGCCCUGUGUAUUCAGGAGUGGAGUGGCGGAUUCUAUACAAAAGUGGCGACAAAUUUAAAAAUUUAAGUAAUAAUCUUGGGACAACGCAUCGUUCAGUUGGAUUGACGAUUCUUUUAACAAUCGUUACUUGGUUGUCGUUGACGUAACAGAAACACUAUUUCAACUUAAAUAAAUAUAGGCGGACGUAUAUCGAAUUCUUUAAUUUAACGCUGUAUCAUAUUUUACAUUACCUCAAUAUUGUUUUUAUAUCUUCAAUCACGCGUAACAAAGUGAGUGAAAAGAUACAUAAGGGAAUAAUAUACAUAUAGGACAAUAAGAAAAGGAGAAUAUAAACACACAAUAAUGUCUGCCGUAAUUUUAACAUUUUAAAAAUAUAACAUAUGCAAUGUAAUUAAUUUAUAUUUAUUAA